AUGGGAUCAUCGCGGUCACAGGCUGUGGUGUGUGCAGCCCUGUACAUGCUGCUCAGUUUCCUUUACUCCACACUUGGAACUGAGUUUUCCCCCGUUCCCGUAUCCCGCAACAACACCCUGGUGUUUGACAGCGUCGCUCACGGCAACAGCCUACGGAACUGCAGCUGCGCGAGCGCAGUUCGUGACUGCGACGAGGCGCUGGCCAACCUGCUGUGCAGCUGCCGCACUGUGCCUCGCUCCUCGCUGCCCCCUGGAGGUCUGCGGGUGAACAGCGGCGCCGGAGACCUCACCGUUUGGGUCCGGGACCCCUGGGUGCUCAGAGAGCUCCUGAACGGCAGCGAGGUACCCGAGCUCCACCUGUCCCUGUGCGCCGCGACGCCCCUGGACGGCCCGGACCGGUACCUGGCUCUCUUCGGCCUGAGAAAGCUACGGGUUCACACCUCUGCCAGAGGAGCCCAGCACCCUGAGCAAGCCCUGAACAUCAGCUUUGGACCGGGAAAUAUGGAGGAGGAGGGAGAGGGGGUCUUCUCGGGAGGAGGUCCGACGCUACACGUCUCCUUUCUGGACGUUUCAGUGCUGAACGGGGCAUCUACACUAAAGGCGUAUAGUGUGAGUGGACCGCCGGUUCCGUCCUUAACGAGACACUUCCCCAACCUGGCCCUGCCUCCAACACACACACAUACACACAACAACGACGACAACAACGACAAUGACAACGGUGAUAACAACCCCACAGAUCUACAGAAACCGUCCCUUCUGACUUUCAUUUACUAG